AUGAUGGGAAAAAGAACCCAGUGCUACCUGUGUGACCUACCUCGUAUGCCAUGGGCUAUGAUAAUGGAAUUUUCAGAGCCAGUAUGUCGUGGGUGUGUUAAUUACGAAGGCGCAGACAGAAUAGAUUUAGUAUUAGAGUCAGCAAAACAGCUGAAAAAGGCUCAUGGCUUCCAGGAUACCAGACCAUCAGUUUCAAAAGCAUACAGAAGUACCAGUCACUCGGAGCACAAUGGUGGGACGAAUAUUGAUGUUUUACCAAUUCAAAACGCCGGACAAGCCCAUUCUAGGCACCACAAUAUUGCCAGUUAUUCACAACUCCACCACCGCAACUCUAUAAAUGACUUUAAUUCAAAUACACGACAGCAGCAGCAACAGCAACAGCAGCAGCAGCAGCAGCAACAACAACAACUGGUCGCAGCAGCCCGUCAACAACAGCAUGAAGAACCUCAUGAAUUAGCAAAUGGCAUGAGAAAUAACAAUGUACGGAUGUCAAACGCUCACUUAGCUGCUGUAAGUCAUCAUGUUAAUCUCAGUCACAGUCGUAGCACACAAUUAAAACGAGGAAUCUCUACCAUUGAUGAAGAUGAACAUCCAGAAAAAAGAUUAUCGCUUGAAGAACAGCAUCCAGUCAGGCCACCUCUUACUCGAGGUGAAUCUCUUCCUGCUGUUAGUCUUGCUGUUAGCUAUGUUCAAGACAGAAGCAAAGAAAAACAUCCAGUUAGGGCACCCAGUUUUGAGACUGCUACAACUUUCAAGGCCAACGGUGGUUAUGUCGGUCCGUCAAUUCCACUGGCGCCAGCAAGCGUUGCUACCAAUGGUGGCGGUGGAUCGCCUCUUCGUCCCAGGACCAGUCCACCACCUCCACCUCCUCCUCCUCAAGAAACAGGAGGUGGGAAUCAGCAAGGAAAUCAUCAUCAAGGAACAGCUGGAGGUCCAUCGCCAAUGGCUGCUUUAAUGUCUGUUGCUGACACUUUAACAUCACCUGAACCUGUAUCACAGCCUCCCAAUAAUCCCAGCCCAACUAGUAGAAGUCCUCCAACAACUGCAUCCAAUGUUCAACAACGUAGUGUUUCCAGGGGCUCUCAACAUAGUCCUAACAGUUCAGGAUCUUCAGCAAGAAGACAAAAUGGAUCUAGACAUGUGUCAUCUACAACUGUGAUGACAUCAUCAGAAGGUGUAACCGCCCAAUCUACUGGAUCUGAACCAGUGACAGCGCCUGCACUCAAGUGUACACUUUGUCAAGGUCGUCUUGAGGACACUCAUUUUGUUCAAUGCCCUAGUGUUCCUCAUCACAAGUUCUGUUUCCCAUGUAGUCGAGACAGCAUCAAAAGACAGGGUGCUGGAUCAGAGGUUUACUGUCCAAGUGGAGAAAAAUGUCCUUUGGCUGAUAGUCAGGUGCCUUGGGCAUUCAUGCAAGGUGAAAUUGCAACUAUUCUCGCUGAAGAUACUGCAAGCACUGGGUUGAAAGUGAAAAAAGAACGUGAAACUUAA